AUGAGCGACAGCACUCCCAGCCAGCAGGGUGGCGGCCAGGCAAACGGCCACCACAACUCGAAGAUCCCUCGAGUCCUGGCUUGCGUCUUGUGCCAGCACCGCAAAAUCAAGUGCGAUCGCAAUACCCCGUGUUCAAACUGUCUCAAGGCCAACGUCCCAUGCACACCGUCAACUCCUGCUCCCGUCCGUAAGCGGAGGCGGCCUAACCAAGAUCUGCAAGAGAGACUUGCACGCUGUGAGGCUUUGCUGAAGCAGUACGCCAAUACAUCCGGCCCGCUACCUGACGGCAUGAAUCCAUCCCCCAACCCCGGAACGCCCGCUUCGUCUGUUCUUGCCCCCAGCCAGCUCCCCUACACCCCAGGACCUAUAUCCAUGGCCACGGUGCAGUCGAUGUCUUCGGCUGCUGCGUCGCCCACACCUGGCUACAACCUCCUGCCGUCUGCACCUACUCCAGCAGAAGACAAAUCACCGAAGCCAUGGAAGCCGUCUGGCAAGCUUGUCGUCGAAGAUGGCAGCGUCAAGUUCAUGGACAGUCACAUGUGGACUAUUAUCCAUGAGAAUGUUGCCGCCAUGCGAGCCAUCGUUGAUGCCGAGGCGAUGGACGAGGCAAGCCCUUUCGCCUCUGAUGCUCCAACGCCCGAUGACAAUGUUGACCUUUUACUCAACGACUUUGCUUCCAUUGAUCUCGAGGACGUUGUACCUUCGCCGGUUCAGAUCUUCCGCCUCUGGCAGGUAUUCCUCGAGCGAGUCAACCCACUCUCCAAGCUCGUGCAUGUUCCGACAUUACAACCCAUUGUUGUUGAGGCAGCUGCCAAUCACCGCAAUGUCGCCAACAACAUUCAAGCCCUGCUGUUUUCGAUCUAUCUGAUAUCCACCAUCACAAUGUCCGAGACGGAGUCGAGGCAAAUGCUAGACAUGUCAAGAAAUGAAGCGAUCAAAAAGUUUACCAUUGGCGUUAAAUCAGCACUGACGCGGGUUAACUUCUUGAAGAACUACGACAUGACCACAUUGCAGGCUCUCGUUCUGUACCUGAUUUCCCUCCAGGGUCGAUACAACCGACACGCAGCAUGGGUCCUCAGCGGCGUUCUCAUCCGCAUCGCUCACAAAAUGGGCCUUCAUCGUGACGGCGAAACUCUGAACCUGACUGCGUUCGAGAUCGAAACACGAAGGAGGGUUUGGUGGCAGAUUCUCAUGCUUGACUCCAAGUUUGCACUAGUCUCUGGAUUCAACGACACCCUACUGCCAUGGGGCUGGGAUACCAAGAUUCCUUCCAACGUCAACGAUGCCGAUCUGUUCCCUGGCUCGACAGAACCACUUCAACCACGCGAGGGCCCGACCGAAAUGAUUUUCUGCAUCCUCCUUUACGAGAUUGGCAAGUUCAUUUCGCAGAACCGCCUCCCCGACUUUGAGGAAGUCGUCCUGCUCGGCCAAGGUCCGGAACCUGGCACCGCCCCUGGUGACUCGAUUCGGGCCUCUCUCGACAAAUACAAUGCCAUGAUUGACGGGCUCGAAGAGCGGCUUAUUGCCAUUGAACAGCGUUAUCUCGAUAUUUCAGCCGGACCGACACACCUCAUGUCCAGCCGUCUUCGCCCCAUGAUUCUCGACAAGAUCCGCCACAUGCUCAUUCCGAUGCGUGAAACGCCAGAAUGGGGCUCCGAGGUGUUUAACGUCCAAGAUAACAUUUUCCGCAUCUCUCUCUUCCACCAGGAGCACAACUUGACAUACUACGAGCUGCAAGACAACCAAAGCUUCCUUUGGUUCCACAAGCUCCACUUUCAGUUUGAAGUAUUCGCGUUCCUCGUCGGCCAGCUCUACCAGCGCCGCCAGACGGGCUCCCUCGCGGACCGCAUGUGGCACGUCAUUGACAAGGUGUACAUGUACCACGAGGAGCUCUGGGACAUGUCGCAAAAGCAAUACUCGGAGCUCGCGGCCUUCAUCGUCAGGGCGUGGGCCAAGCGCGAGCGCGCUCUCACGUCCAUGUGUAUUCCCUUUGACGUGCCUGUCUGCGUUCCCAAGCUUCAGGACAGGGUCCCUCAACCGAGCUCAGGGGCGUCGAGCAACGGCCCCAGCCCCGCACAGCCGGGUCACAUGGAGAUGCCGCACCUGAACAAUGGGGGCGCGCCGCAUACUGAUGGGCAAUUGGACUUUUUGGGCAACUUUUUCGACAACUCGGCGCUGGACUGGGACAUGUGGGGUGACAUGGGCGUUGUCGCCAAUGGCAACCUUGGGUCGUCUGGACCAACAACAUCGCAACCCGGGACAGCAUCAGGCAUGUUUUCGGGCUUUGGAAAUUUUGGAACACAGCCGCCACCACCACGGUGGUGA